UCAUUCUCAAAUUUCUGGACUCCAUUCGCUAAAUUAGAAAGUCUUCGACCUCUGACCUCUCCUCGAUCAUCAAACAAAGAUGGCUGAAAAACUGCGCUCCGACUACAUGUCUGAAGUGGCAGCCAGGAACGCCUCUGGGCUCCAGAAAAUAAAGGCUCUUCAGCGGCGGUUUCAGACAGACGACCUGCUGUUUCUUCAUACGAGGAUGGACAGAAGAAUAUACAGAGUCUGUAUGGUGGCAAGCGUUGCAGCUAUAGGAAUCUCUCUGUUCAGUCUCUUCAGAAUGGCAACUGGCCAAAUGCCACCAAAGAGAGAAUAGAACAAACUUCCAACACUAAACCACGUCACCCAUAGUUCCAUCAUUGUUAUAGCCAACCUCACUCUUGUGAAAUGUUAGAAACCGGUUUGUUAAGCCGUGCACCUUACAAUCUGCAAAAAAUUAAGUUGGCUCCAAGUCAAGUUUUUUUUGGGAUCAGUGGCCAAACAAAGCACACACAUUUUCAUUCAGUGCGAGUACAUCAUGUCAUGUUUCAUACACCAAAAGCACCAGAUAAUAUCUUACAACACUUGGUAGAAUAAUAUUGCUAUGCAAGACAUGCACAACCAAAAGGAAAAAAGACGUUAUUAUUAUAAUUUUUUGACCUAGCACUAAGCAGGCACAUGCGUUACUUAUGCUGCUGCUUCAGCUGCUGUGAGAGCCAAUCAAGUCCCUCGUAGAGGCCGUCCCCGCUCGUUGCACAAGUCGCCUGGAUGUACCAAUUCCGGUUUCGGAGGGAGUGAAGGCCGAGCUUGUCUGUGAUCUCGGCCGCAUUCAUUGCGUUGGGAAGAUCCUGGUAGUAAGAGAGAGACGAAGAUGUAGGGAAAGAGGAGAUAAAGGGAAGGGAGAGAAGGGAAUGUGCAUCAAUUAGGGAUUGUGCAUGUAAAUCCAUACGCACUAUAGGAAAGAAAGAGAGGGAGAGCAUGCAUCUAAAUGGCAGAGAAAAAUGGACGGUGUGCAUCAAUUGGGAACAAGUUAGCCUACUACCCAAGAAGUGUAAAAAUCCACACACUAUACCACAAGCUUACUCCAGCGAUGAAUACCCAACUGGGAACUACAAGACACAACACGGGGUGGACAACACUGAGUGACUACGGUGUGUGUUGAGGACCUGUUUGUUGGCAAAAACGAGC